AUGAUGCAGAUGAACAACAACCCUUUCUACAGAACCCGUUGGGCUGUGCCCGAGUCUCAAUCUCCACCUCGUUACAACUACAAGACACCCUCCAAAGUGGUUACAAUCCCCGUUCACUUCGUGGGUUCAGAGCGUUCCCGAAAUGUUUCUGCCAUCAAGAUUCAGAAGGUGCUGAGAGGGUUCCUCGUGAGGAACAUUGUGAGGAAGAUCUCAGGCAUAAGGGUGGAAUUGGAGCAGAUAGAGAACAAGGUUUCUGCUAAUGAAACUGUGGAGUUGAUGAGGAAGGAGCAAAGAGAGAGAGUGAGGGUAAGCGAGACCAUCAUGAAUUUGCUUCUCCAGUUGGACUCUGUAAGGGUCUUACACUACUCUGGCCUCAGGGAAUGCAGAAAGACCCUCAUCAAGAAAGCCAUUACGCUUCAAGAAAUGGUUGAUCAAAUGGUGUUGGUGGGUCCCUCUGAUCAAGAUCAACCUCAAAUGGCUCAAGCUGAGGGUGUCAAAAUGGAAGCUUUGGAGAAUGAGGAGAAAAAGAUGACGGAGGAGGAUAAAUGUGUGGGAGCAAGUUUGGAUGAGGAGAAUUUUUUGGGAGUUGAAUGUGGUGAGAAAAUGGAAGAUUUGAGGAGUGAGGAGAUAAUGGAGGUAAAAGAAAAGGAGGAGGAAGAUGGUGAGGGUCAAUGUGUUGGAGAAGAGAGUGUAGGAACAUGUUUGGUUGAGGAAGUUGGGGAAAAUUAUUUGGUCAGGGAAGAAGAGGGUCAAGCUGAAUGUGAAUGUGAAUGUGAGGAGCAUGAGGAAGGUGAAAAAAUGGAAACUUUGAGGGAGGAGGAGGUUGAGGUGGGAAAAGAAAGCGUGGGAACUAGUUUGGUUGACGAGAAUUGUUCGGUGAAGGAAGAGGAGAAGGAUGGUAAGAGGGAGUUGUUGGAAAAGAUGAUGGAGGAUAACGAGAAGAUGAUGGUGAUGAUGCAACAACUCUUUAAGAGGAACGAGAUGCAAACUAGGCUUCUUAGCUCUCUCUCACAUAGGGUGGAGCAGCUCGAGAGAGCUUUUGCUUGUGAGAAGCUGAGGAGGAAGAAGAAAAAUGCUGAUCCCAAACUUAAAGAAAAUGACCCUAAAAAUGGUUCCAUCUGA